AUGGAUGCCGAAGAGUUGAUCGAAUCCAUCAUCAGAGCACUCAUGUUUCUGGCAGGGAUCCUGGGAAACAACUGGCUGGCUAUACGCUCCCUGCCCAGGCAGAAAUCUGGCAUCCGCACCAACGAGGUCCUUUUCAUCAACCUGGCCGUCUCCAACCUCAUCACCAACUGCCUGGUGGACCUACCCGACACCGUGGCAGAUUUCGCUGGACGUUGGUUCCUGGGGGAAACCUUUUGUGCCGUGUUUCGUUUUUGCGCCGACCUCUCCGAAACCAGCAGCAUCUACUCCACCUUCUUCAUCAGUGCUUUCUGGUACCAGAAGCUCGUCGGCUCCCUGAAGCGUGGCGGCGCUCCGGUGCAGAUGGACAGCCUGUGCUUGGUGGGCUGUUUGCUGGCUGGGAGCUGGACGGUGGCAGUGGUCUUCAGCAUCCCACAUUUCUUCUUUGUAGCAGUGGAGGGCGGAAACGAGAGCAAAGAAGACUGCGUAGACUUCUUCCCCAAUGAAUUAGCGAAGCAAACCUAUGAAAUCUUUUAUUUAACCCUGGCCAACGCUCUCCCUCUUGCUGGGAUUGUAUUUGCCAGUGUCCGGAUUGUCAUCACUCUGCUCCAAAACAGGCAACGCAUACACGGUCAUAACUCGGACCCAAUCAAGGAGAUGGUCAAGGACGAAAACAAGAGUACUGAAAGCAGCGACGACCGAUCGGUCAGCACUGUGUCUGGUCCAGGCACCUCAAACGAUCCAGAAGAUCCUGCAUCCUCCAACCACAUUUACACGGGCGUGCCGGCUUCUUCGUCUCCAAACGGAGAGCCGUCAGGUCACAGCUCCCCCCUCAACACAGACAGCGGGGCUGGAGCUCCACCAAAUCUUCCCAGGCCCAGCCAGGUGCGAGCAAAGCCAAGUCCGGGCUCGAGCACCCAGGUGAGGGCAGCCAAGAGUGUGGUGGCCGUGGCCGCCGUGUUCCUGGUCUGCUGGCUGACUCAUUUCCUUCUGCGCAUCUCCAACAACAUCCACACCUCACCGAUGCUGGUGGAGGUGGCCAGCUACAUUGCCGCCUCCUACACCUGCAUCAUCCCCUACAUAUUCCUGUACGGCGUGAAAAAGCUUUCUUGCUCAUGCAAGAGGUAG